AUGAAAGCAACCUCAUUGAUACUUCCUCAACAUCCCGGAUCGUCUUCUUCUACUACAACACUAAUUGAUAUAUAUCUCCUAUCGGUUGAUUCCCACUUCUCUACGACGUUUUUUAGUUCCAUGACGUUUGCUGAAUACCCUGGAUGGAGAAAAUCGAUAAACCUUCGGAUUCGCCAUCGAGAAUUAGUAAAUCGUUUUUUCUAUCCAUUUUUAUCGUUUGAUUUUGUUUUUCAUGUUUCAGUUCAAGGAAUUUUUAGCGGUGUCUUUUUUGGUCCGCUUAAAUUAAUCGAUGCUAAUUAUUCCUGUCGUAAACAUAACUCCGGUGAUGAUUGUAAGCUCACCAAUUUCCUUACCUUCACUUGCGAUUGUUGCAACAAGAUAAUGACGAUAAUACUCUUACACUCCACCUCAUGGACGUGGGCUUAAAUUUUUCAUGGCCCAUUGGAAGAAUCAAAGAGGUAUUACCUGAUUCAAUCAAUACAAUCUCAUCCUCACGCACAAGAUGUUCCCCAGAGACAAUCAAACUCAUUGCAACACUAGUGGAAGAACAUAAAAUUCUAGAAGACAAAAAUUAGAAUUGCUUAUGGAGUUAUUUCUUUUCUCUGGUUAUACACCUCUAUUCAUGGAUUCGGUGAAAGUUGACUUUGGUCAAGAUGGUUGAGUUGCUUUUGGAGAAAAAGAACAACAAUUAGUCAACAAAUGGGCAUUUGAAGAUUGUGCGAAAGAGAAACUCAAGAAACUUGGUGUUGAUGUUCGUGUUUACCGAGAGCCAUCUUGAUGUGAAAAAUGUCAAGGGCUAUUUGGAUAACUUGCUUGAACCUGCACUGGGAUUUAGUUGUGUUGGUGGCAGGGCGGAACAAUGGUGACCAAUAGCGGAAUGCCUAAGAAGCCUAUAAUUGUAUCAACUUCUUCAUUUAUAUUUAGACAUGGAGUUUGCUCCCUUCAAUGAAUUGCACACAACAUUAUACAAUACACUUGGGAAGCUUCAGAGCCAGCCUAAGCAAAUCAUUAAGUUCUAAUUCCUUGGCUAUGCCCCUAAUUAUGACAAUGUACUUCUAAUUGAGUUUGUGG